AUGCAUCUCUCUGUUUUCCUUCCCUUCUUGGCUCUAACAGCAGCAACUCCGCUACUGCCACACUCACACCAACCCAAAUCCAACAUCAAAUGCCCCAUAAUCUUCGACGGUCGCAUCGCUUCCAACCUGACUCUCCAAUCUUUUGACACAGCCCAAGGAUACACCCCUUACAAUCCCGACUUCGUCAAAGGUGAGAACCGUACCUGGUCCUCCAUCCUUCUCUUCCCUUCGCCCAAAACCGCCCCGCAAUCCCGCUUCGACAAUCCGCGUCAACACAAGCCUCUCGAAGUGACCAUCGAUGACGGCUCGUUGUUUCGUGCGGGCGAGAACCUGCAGACUGGCUUCCGCCGUGCAGGUCUUCUGCUGAAAGACGAUCAGAAUGACGCUGGUGCUGAUGCUUCAGACAAGGGUAUUGUGACGUUUCAUUGGAGCAUUAAACAAGACGAACGGAGGCCGCUGAAUCUGAGUCACGAGUAUAUGAAUGUGUGGCAUGAGAAGGCUGAUUACUCGGGCAACCAGUUCAUGUUCGUUGGUGGUGUUGUGCUUGUUGGUGAUGGUGGGACGGGUGUGGAUACGAAGCGGGAAAGGGAGACUUGGAAGAUCCAGAAUGCGAAGAAUGAAUUUAUCUUUACGACGAAGAUUUCGAGAAAGGAGUGGCAAAACUUUGGAGUGCAGUUGGACUAUGUGCGGAAUACGAUCAAGGUUUAUUACUCCACAGGCGACAAGCCGUUGAAAGCGGUCACCAAGGCUUUACCAAAUGACAAUGCUGGAGGAGGUCAGCUGCAGAUCGGUAUUGCAAAGAAACCUACAGAGACAGAGACGGUGGUAUUCGACGGGUACCAAGAGCACAUACCACUGCGCGGUGAAGGACAGAUUUAUGGAGGCAUUUUCGUAGAAGAUAGCUCGGCUGGGUGCGUGAGUAUGUGA